CUACCUUUCUAGUUUAUUCUUGACUAAUUUGUCUCAUUCAUUAUGGACUAUUUCUGAUUGACUUAAAUGAAAAGUGGAUAACCUGAGUAUUUUGCUUCAAAUACAGAUACAAUAAAGACUCUCACAAUGAGUGGUACAGCAGUGUGGUCGACAGAUUAUGUCACGCAGGAGGAGAGGCAGCUGUGGUCUGAGGGGCGCUGUGAGGAGCUGUGGGACAAGGUGGAGGGGGUGAGGCACAAACUGACCCGCAUCCUCAACCCAGCCAAGCUGACCCCCUACCUGAGACAGUGCAAGGCCAUCGACGAGCAGGAUGAGGACGAGGUCCUCAACUCAACCCAGUACCCACUUCGCAUCAGCAAGGCCGGCCGUUUGAUUGACAUCCUGCAUGGGCGGGGCCAGCGUGGCCUGCAAGCCUUUAUGGAGUCCCUGGAGUUCUACCACCCAGAGCAGUAUACCCAGCUCACUGGACAAAAGCCCACCCAUCGCUGCUCCAUCAUCCUGGAUGAAGAGGGCCCAGAGGGUUUGACUCAGUUCCUGCUCCUGGAGGUGCAUAAGCUGAGGGAGCAGCUGCGCGGGAGCCGCCUGUGUGAGCGCCGCCUGUCCCAGCGUUGCCGCACGGCUGAAGAGGAGCGCAGCCGUGCCGAGCGUAAGACGCAAGACCUGCAACAUGACCGGCUGCAGAUGGAGAGGCUGCGUCAGGACUGGGAGGCCAGCAGCAGGGAGCUGGCCUGGGUGAAGGACAGGCAUCUGGAACAGGCUGAGAAGUACUCCCGCGCCCUGGAGGAUCAGGCCAAGGCCUCGGCACGCGAGAGAGAGCUGCUGGGACAGGUGGAGCAGCUGAAGACCAGACUGAUGGAGCUGGAUGAACAGAUUGAGAGCAGCCCUGUCUCUGCAGUUCCUGUCAACAGUAAGAGUUUGGUGCCCCACUGCAUCAACAGCAGUCCUGCUGUUCCCAGGGAGAGGGAAAAACCACUGCAUCAGAUUAGCAUCAAGGGGUCAGAUAACAUUAAAACACAGGCUCUUUUGGACAUCAUACAGCAGGACCGCAAAGAGGCGACAGAGCAGAGACACGAGCUGUGUGGUACUAUUGCCAGAAUACAGGGGGAGCUAGAGAACUCUGAGGCAUUUAGGCAAAUGCUGGAGUCUCAGGUGAAGCAACUGCAGGUAAAGUUUAGGACAAUACAGCUGGACUGGGAGAUGGAACAGAAGAGAAGCAUUUCCUACUUCAACCAGAUUAUGGAGCUGGAGAAAGAGAGGGACCAGGCUCUGCGCAGUCGAGACAGCCUGCAGCUGGAAUAUACAGACUGUCUAUUGGACAAGAAUCGACUGCGCAAACGCAUCGCAGAGCUGCAGGCUAACAUGGAGGAGAGGCAGAGAGAACUGGAGAAAGAGAGGGACAGGAGCAGAGAGCAGAGUUCCUCCUGUGUGCACUGUUCUCUACUGUCUCCAUGCUGUGAGGACCAGUGCUAUGGACCCUGCUGCUCCCUGGUGCUCAACCCCCAGCCCAACGGCCCUCAGGAGCUGCUUCGCAAGUCUCCCCCUGUAGGUCAAACUAAUCAAACCUUGGAAGGUUCUCUCUCAAACUCAGAGGAUGAUCUUUUGACGCCCACUGUAGACAGUGAGAAGGACAUCAACAGACUCUCCAUUUUCCCCUUCCCUCCCUGUAUGAACUCCAUUCAUCGAAGGGUCACCUUGGAAUUUGACCAGGACUCAUGGGGCAGUGAUGAGAACCUCGCAGGAUUCCAGAAUGAGCUCUCCCUGUCAGACUCCUGUAGCUCCCAACAUUCUGACCUCUUCCCACCUGACCUCAUCAACCUGCCCCCGGUCCCUCCACGCAAGCCCAACAGCAGCCUGCGGUUAGAACCCCUUCCUUCCCCAUCUACUCCACCCAAAAAAGCAAAAGGCAGCUUGGCGGAUGACAUCACCAUCAUUGGGGGCAACCGCACAGGCAUCUUUGUUACCAGUGUGCGAGCUGGUUCUCCUGCUGAGCAGUGUGGUCUGAAGGAGGGCAGUGAGUUACUGGAGCUGGAGAAGGUCCUGUUUGGUGGGGGCAGUGUGCUGCUAAACCAGAGCACUGGAGAGGUAGCCCACUUCUCUCUGCAGUGGUGGACAGAGCCCUCCGCCCUCAAACACCACACCAACACAGAGGCCUACUCCAAGUUGUGCGCCCAGCGGUCCUCUCCUGCCUUUCAGGGAGCUGAUUCCUUCUAUGUACGUGUCAACAUGGACCUGGACCUCCACAGUGAUCUGCCCUGCCUGGGCGUUCGCUGUGAUGACAUUGUGCACGUCACUGACACCCGCUACAACGGGAAGUACCAGUGGCACUGCACCCUUGUGAACCCCGACACAGCCAAGCCCCUGCGGCAGGGGGCCAUGCCUAACUACAACAGAGCCCAGCAGCUGUUGUUGGUGAGGUUACGUACCAUGGCCCUGGAGCAGAAGGAUUUCAAGAAGAAAAUAUCCAAGAAGGUAUCCGACCGUGUGCGACUGGUCAAGGCUGUGUCCCCUAGUUGUCGUGAGAUUGGAUCCAUACCACAGGUCCUUUACACACUCAGCAAUCGUCAUGAGGAGCACCUGGUGCCUUACAGUAUGGUCCAGCCAAUACAGGUGAAGACCAAACGGCCUGUCAUCUUCUCGCCCUCCCUGCUCUCUCGCGGCCUCAUAGAGAGGCUGCUUCAGCCAGCAGAGUCAGGACUGGACUUCAACACCUGCCAACCAGAACCAAUCCAGGCCACAGAAAGAAAGGAUAGCACUAUUUUCCUGCUAGAUUCUUCCACCCCAGAACAGCUUCUUGGGAUUAGACUGCAGUCUGUUCAGGAGGUAAUAAGCCAGGACAAGCACUGUCUGUUGGAACUGGGCCUGGGCAGCGUGGAGGGCCUUCUGAGGCAGGGGGUCUACCCUAUCAUCAUUCACAUACGACCCAAGAACAAAAAACACAAGCUGAAGAAGUUGCUGACAGGCCGAUGGGACGACAGUGUGAUGGAGGAUGUGUGUCAGGCAGAAGACCUGCAACUGGAGUCUCUGCCCCUGCUUUACCAUACUCUGGAACCCAGCACAUGGAGCUGCUCUGAGGAGCUCCUACUCGCCAUACGCAACGUAAUCCACAGUCAGCAAACGGCAAUGCUCUGGGUUGAGUUUGACAGGCUCCAAUAGAUCUCCACCAUUACUGCCCAGCUAGAAUGUUUUUUAAGAUUUUUAAAUACAUUUCACACACUUCUUUAGAUAUCAAAAUGCACCACUGUGAAGUCUCAUCCAUAAGAUGAAUUGAGCCUUGUUCAAUUGUUACAAUCUUAGUAGCCAUGUGUCUCUGUUUAUAUUUCUUGUCUACAUGUAGUAAACAUUAGCAUUAAACAACACAUUUUAUCUAA